GUUGAACCAGUUAACCAAAUGCCAAUGCCGAUGGACACUCCCGCCCCCCUUCCCGCUUUGGGGAUCCGCAAGCGCUUCGGCAAGUCCCGAGCCUGAUGCUUCCGGCCUGCUUCACCGCAGUCCAGGCCGGUUCCAGUUCCAGAGCCUCUGUCUCAGGCAAUUGUUAACCCAGAUCCAGAUCCCUGGCAUAUAUAAGAGCCAGUGCAGCCGCUUAAUCCCACAGACACAAAUCGCGCUUCACUAACGAUGGCUGGUUAUCCGAGUAGCAUCCACUGCCUUCUGCUCCUGGUCCUGCACGUGGCCAGCGGCCAGUUCCUUCACGGUCCCGCACCGCCUCGACCUCAGCGGUCGCUCUUCGGUCCUCCGGCUCAUGCCAUCGGUCCGCUCCACGGACCCUGGAGUGGCCCCAGCUUCAGCUUCGGCCACCUGCCGCCCUCCUCCAGCCCGCACGUGACCAAGGACGAGCUGCUGGCUCUGCUCUCCGCCUGGAAGGAUGUCGAGCCGAGGCCCACAACGCCGGCACCCGAGCCGGAGGAGGAACCAGAGCCAGAGACGACGCCUGCUCCACCACCACCACCACCGCCGCCAGAGGAGGACGAGGAUGAGCCCGAGCCAGAGGCGCCAGCUGCUCCCGCACCACCACUUGGCCCGCCUCCCGGCGUUCCGGUCACCGUUUCCCUGCCCGCUCUGGUGCCCAUCCAGCUGGCGGCCAUGUGGACGCAGCCAGGUCCCGGCGCAGCGGCCGGCGGACUCGGCAACCUGGGCCUGGCCGGCUUGGGCAUCGGAGGAGGCAUUGCUCUGAACAAUCUGGGCGGUGGCGGAGCAGCAGCCGCCGGCGCCGCUGCCGUAGGAGGUGGUGGAGGAGCGGCGGCAGCCGGAGCAGCUGCAGCCACUGCCCGUUCCGGUCGUUCGCGGGCCAGAGCAAGGAUCGGAGGACGAGCCCCGUCCGCCAUCCGCUUCCCGGUGGCUAAUCCUCGCAGCUUUGCAUCGGGCAACUAUGUGGCUCCCAGGCCACGCUACUAUCGCGACACGGAGUCCAUGCGCCUGGAUGUGAUGUCCGCUCCUCCCCAGUAUCCGAUGGCCAAUCUCCCGGGUCCCGUGCAGCUGGUGAACGCCUACUGGCAGUGAGAGUCCUUCCGCCCCGGAGUCCUGCGUCUGUCCUCCAAGUCGUAAUAUUACUUAAAGCUCUAAGCUCUACCUGUACAAAGUUAUAGUUAUGUAUAUGAGCAGGUGUCUGUGGAAUGCCAUCUAUUGUUAACAAGUGGAUUUGUUUUUUUUUUAUGUGUUUAACUUGACAAU